AUGACCUCCGACCAAGCUGGUGGUGGUGUUAUAGCCCAUGCUGCGACUGUACCCAGCACCAACAUUAUUGCCGACGAAACCGUUCUUUCUCUACACAAUCAACAAAUCCAAGAUCAACAUCCUGACCCUGACAAACAACAAGACGAAGAUGCGGUCUGCGAUGUCUUGAGCUUUGCCGAAGUCCCCAACGACAUCUCUGACCUCCCUGUCCCACGUGGCCAAUUCGCUGCCACAAGCACCUCCGCUACAAGUACCACCAGCGCCGACGAACCAAACGCCAUCCCCAUUCCCUUGGACACGCCCGCGUUGAGCCGCAGUACCACAAACAACACCAUUCGGACCUCCAGCAGUGGAAGCUUCACCGGUGGCACAACCACAAACCCCAACAACAACAAUUCUGCCGCCUACACCCACGCGCCUGCUUCUGCACAGUCUCACCAUCAACCUCCACCUUCCGCUAUUCGUAAAACCUCGCCCGGUCUUGCGGCAAGACUAAAGGCCCUUGGCUUUGGCACAUCCAAACAAUCACCAGCAGCUCCCACACUGCAAAACGACCAUAUUGGUCGUCUCGACGAGCAGCAACUACGCCAACUCGACGAAAAACACCAAGCCAACUCCAUAAGUUCGAUCAUUGCAAGGCGCGGUCGGCCUUGGAAAGGCGCAGGCGCCUCCACGUCGGCCCUGCUCAAUUCGACGGCCGAGCCAAUUGUCGCCGCUGACACGCCUCAGUUGCCCGAGAUCAGAACGCCAGAACCUCUAGCCAUGGACACCCAAAAGUACCGCUUGCCCGACCACACAAAUGGCAAUGGCACCAAGGUCACUCUUGAUACACGACGCGAACAUAUCGAACGAACGACUCGCCCUCCAUCUCCCCCAGAAACCAAUGCUCCUGCUGCUGUUCCCCCUCCUCCUCCUCCGAAGGACACGCUACCGCUUGCUGUCACACCACCUCCCGCCGUCGCGUCCUCGAAUGACUAUGUACCCGGCCUGGGUUCGUACUUUACGCCUGGACACAACCGACCCGGCUCAAUAUACACAUUGUCCCGUGCCUCGUUUGCCAACCAACUCGCUCAACUGACUUCGCUGCAACUCCCUGAUGCUGAAUCCUUGUCCAGCAAAGUAUCCGCUAUUCGAACCGCUCAUGUAGCUACAAAAGCUCUUAUCAAUGCCUCCGAACAAAUACGAAGCUGGAUAUCCAAGGCACAAGAAGUCAUUGGUGGCCUUGACAGUGAAGACGAUGUCGAAUGGGCAGCUGCUGGAGGGCGAGAAGGUCUGGAGGAGGUCGAAAACGCCAUUACUCGUUUUGAGGACUUGAUCAAUGCCUACGUUGGAGCCAUCGAGGAAUUGCAAAAACGAAGUGAUAUUUCUCAUGUUCCUUCAGAAGACCUAAAAAUGGCGGUUACUCAAAUGGAAAUGAUCCUUGAUGAAUGGGAACACAUUCGUGCCACGCUCCAAAGCGUGCGGGUGCAGGUCGAAAUUGCCAUGGAGUGGGAGGAGUUAUGGAACAACGUGUUGGGAGAUAUCCAGGGCGAAAUGGACGAGUUGAGCAGGCUGGUUUUCGAAAUGGAAGAGGUCGCCACAAGAGCGUGGUAG